UCUCCUCUUCCAAAUGUCCAUGCUUCCCCUCUGCACGCCAGAGCAGACGAGCAGAGGGAGAAAAUAAUUCCUGGUUGUGGAAAUGGGCAACGGAGAUGUGGAAUUUGAAACAUUUCUGAUCCAGGUCCAGCCACUGUUUACCCUGCAGUCAGGCUAUGACAUCAGAGCGAGGACUUUAUAAAAGUGCAUGUGCACAGAGCCAGGCAGUGAGCAAACAGUAACACAAGUAGAAAAUCUUAUUGUGGUGCAACACAUCGAAGAGCAUGAUGGACAAGCUACAGAGAGACAGAAUCAUCCUGAUGGCAUGGGCACUGCUGUUUUACCUGGGUUCACAGGUGUGCUGUCAGCAAUGUGGUGGCCCUUGUCAGUGCCAAGGCUCUGUGCCAGUCUGCCCAGAAGGAGUUCCUCUGAUUCUCGAUGGGUGCCAGUGCUGCCAGAUGUGCGCCCGGCAGCAGGGCGAAGCCUGCAGUGAGGUGUUCCCGUGUGACAGUCAGCGAGGGCUACAAUGUGACUACAGUGCCAGCUUCCCUGGUGACCCAGGAGAGUGUGUCAGUCAGAAGGAGCUGGGCUGUGAGCAUAAUGGAGUCUCUUACCAGGAGGGCCAGGUAUUUCAGCCAUCUUGUGCUCUUCAGUGUCGUUGUUCGGGCGGAGGGGUGACCUGCGUGCCCCGGUGCAGUGAGGAUGUUCUCCUGCCCACCCCAGACUGCCCUCAUCCUCGAAGGGUUCAGCAACCAGGAAAAUGCUGUAAAGAGUGGGUGUGUGAAAAUAUGGACAACACAGUGCUCCAGGACGCUCACAUAGCUUCCAGAAUUGACCAGACAUUGCCUGCAGACCCUGGAUACCAAACCAGACCCGGCUCGAACUGCAUAGACCAGAGCUCAGUGUGGAGUGCUUGUUCGCACACCUGCGGGUCUGGAAUAUCCACACGGGUGUCCAAUCAAAACCCAGCCUGUCGCCUGGAGAUGCAGAUGCGCUUGUGUAUGAUCCAACCCUGUCAGCCUGUUCUCCCCAGAACAACACAGUGGUCGAGGAGGAAAUGUCAACCCAGUUACAGGUCAGCAACCCCAGUUCGGCUUUUCCACCAGGGCUGCUAUAGUACACAGUUGUAUAGGCCCCGUUAUUGUGGCUCAUGUACAGAUAGCCGUUGUUGCACUCCUAACCAUACUGGCACGGGACUGGUCACUUUCCGCUGCCCUGGGGGAAGACUGCUCAAUCAUGCUGUCAUGAUCAUCAACUCCUGCAUCUGCCAUUACAACUGCCCCUAUUCAUCUGGAGGGGCAUAUAGAAGGACACCACUCCUGGGUUAGACACUCACUCGCUUGUAGGCUGACUUUGGAUCUAGUAGCUUCAUUUGAGAUGCUCUGGGUUUACAUGUCUUAUUGAGUG